UUUUUUUUUUUUUUUGUCCUCCUUCCUCUUACUUUCAUCUUAAAAUGCUGUGGGUAGAAUGAAAGCAGAAACAUGCUAAUCUGAUUUGUUUCAGGAGGCUUCUGAUAAUAAAGAGGCAUAUCACAGGUGUUCCUAAUCAAGUCAGUUUGGUUUUAAAAAAAAAGUAUUUUUAAAAUUAAGAUUUCCUGUAACCUAGACAAUGCGAGGGUCAAGCUGAUGACCUACAUCUAUGUUUGGGGAUCAACCAUGAAACUGUGGGUGUUGGAAAUAUGUUAUAAUACAUGACAUUUUUAUUGCAGGUUUUGACCUUUCAAUAGAGAGCUGAUUUUGGAGAAUGGCUUACUCCUGUGAUUGAAAAACUCUCUGGAAGGUUGAUGGAGCAUGAGCAUGGAAAAUCUUUCAUUGAGAUGAUUGAAAUUGCUGCAGUGAGAAUGGAAAUUACUUUGGCUCCUUUCCUUUUAAAAGCUGCAUGCGAGAACUGUGUGGAACAGAUGUUGUCAUUGUUAAAAAUGGCAGAAGAAUAUGUGGCACGGGAGGCUGCUUAGCCAAUGCACCUUUGCAUCAGAACAAGAGUUAUUUCGAGUUUAAAAUUCAGUCCACAGGAAUUUGGGGUAUAGGAGUUGCAACCCAGAAAGCAAACUUGAAUCAAAUUCCACUUGGUCGAGAUGUCCACAGCCUGGUGGUGAGAAAUGAUGGGGCUCUCUACUAUAACAAUGAGGAGAAAAAUAGGCUACCAGCAAACAACCUUCCUCAGGAGGGUGAUGUGGUGGGCAUUACAUAUGACCAUGUAGAAUUAAAUGUAUAUUUAAAUGGCAAGAACAUGCAUUGUCCAGCUUCAGGAAUCAGGGGGACUGUCUAUCCAGUGGUCUAUGUUGAUGACAGUGCCAUUCUGGAUUGUCAGUUCAGUGAAUUUUAUCAUACACCUCCACCUGGGUUUGAAAAGAUCCUCUUUGAGCAGCAAAUCUUCUGAACGUCUUCAUACUGAGAAUUUGCACCCUGCACUGUUACAAAAGCUUUGUCAUCUUGAAGCUUCAUUUUACUUUUAGGAAACAUAUCUGUAUUUUUAGUAAGUACUUGUGACUGUUGUCUGCAGAAUAAAUACAUUAACUGCAAGACCAGGUAAAUGUUGCUGUCCAAAUAAGAGUUUUCUGGCAUUGUUUUGUGGUUGAAAAUGAGUGUUUUGAGGCAGGGUUUUUCUCUUGAUUUGUACUUGAUGCAUAAGGAGACUAGGGACAUUGCUGUUGUCAGUAUUACAUUCAGUAUUUUGAAUAAACUGGAGCUCUGUAAGGCAAAUAAUUUUUAUGCAUAUGAUAGCUAUGGAGAUGGGUAGUUCUCAUGAUUUUUCCCCCAGCCUUUUUCUCACAGAAAUUAUGUAAUUUCUUUAAAGGAUGCACUGUGUUUCUAGUCUGUGAUUUGAAGUUGUGGUGUGUCCCAGUUGUGCACAAUGACUAAUAAUACCAUGGUUUAACUAGCAGCUAGAUACCUUUUCUUUGCCAAGGUAGGCUAAUCAAUUCCCUCAAUCUUAGACAAGCAAAGACAACUUAUCUGUUUCUUCUAGCUUUUAAUUUUCUUUUAUUGUGACCAAAAAAAAAAAAAAAGAAUAUUUUCUAGAAAUACUUUUUUGUUGAACCUUAAAAAGUAAACCUGAACACUACCUGUGUAUUUGAGGACCACCAUGCUCUGUUACUCUGCUAAGAGAUUAAGUACAGAUCACUGAACUUGGGUAAGCAAAGAUCCAGGUGAAGGGUAUGAGAUGUUAUGGUGAAGCCUUACAUCUAAACUGUAAAUUAGAUUAUUCUCUUAUGGAAUAGCAUAUUUAAUUUCUUCAUGAAUCAUUUAUAAACGGCUAAGACAUUGUUCUAAAAUGUGAUGCCCUUGAAUAUACAUUGUGAGAUGCUAUUUUUUCCCCUCUUGUCAUAUUUAAUAUACUUCCUAGAAUAAUUUUUUUGUAAAAAAAUAUCUUCAUACUGAA